CACUAGGCAUCAAAGCAAAGCACGCCGGCCCGGGCCUUAUCGCCCGUAUAAAUCGUCCGAGGUGCAGCGCUGCCGUGCAAGAUCUCGGAUCUUGCAAGCUGCGCAACGCUAGCUGUCCUCGUGGACUGUAAGCAGCGCCGCAGCACCCUCCACUGCACUGCUGUAAAAAACGCCGUCGCCGCGACGCGCAGCCAGACACAAUGGUCAAAAUACUCGUCUGUCCCUAGAUCUACACUGCCAAACAAUCUGGGACGGGCAAACUGGCGAAGCCUGACGUUCCUACGCUCAGCAGGCGUGCAAAAGCGCCAAAGAUGUCAGCAGCGUCUUGGCCGCACACCGCGUCGCGUCGUACGCAUGCGCGACCCCGGCUCGAGGCUGCCACGCUGCGAGUCCGCGCGGUGACCAAAGUUCGGGCGUACGUGGCGAGGAACCUGCGCCGCGUCGCGGCGGGCGAGGCACCAGCAGCUAUCGGGACGGCAAGAGGUGGCAGCACAGCGACAGGAGGCGAGAGGCCUGAAGUCGCAAUGCGCGCGUGCUGCCGAACGCGCGCGAGGCGAGCGGCCAGUCGCGAGAGUGCAAGGCGCGCCGUCGAGCGGUGUUGGGCGGACGAGACUGAUUCCGAAGCUGAGGCAGUCCCGCUUGGAUGCGAGACGAGCGACCUCGAUGCGCUCCGCAUCGCGCGCAAUCGUCUCGCCGCCGACGUCGAACGACUCCGUGCGCUCGCUCGCGAGGGCGAUGCAACAGCUGCGCGCCGUGCGAGCUCCGAGGCGCUCGUCUGGCUAUCGUCAGAUGUCGUACCGUCAGAUCCUUGGGUCCGUGACCCGCUGCACGCAUACACGCCCGCCGCGCGGCGCGAAAUCGCAUGCGCCGGGGCGCCGAGCAUCAACGACGAUGAUGCAUCCGAGGCCGACGACGAACGAGACCCCUACCAUCCUCCGUUUCUCACGUAUAUCUGGGAGGCCGCAUCGUCGCGCCCCUUGCCCACUGCCUUCUGGCGGGGGACCGGGGCAGGAAACGCGGAGGAGGACUAGUGGUAGGGGUUAAAAAAAAAACGAGCAA